GAAAUGUGGGAAUCUAUCCUGCAGCUGCUAGACUGGUGCAGAUUGCCUCUCCACACCACACCUCUUCUGCACAUCAUCUUGUCAGAAGUCACUCCCAGUGCAACUGCAGUCUUCGAGCGCUUUAAAGAAGCUCAAGAAGAGUUGAGGAAGACCUGCCCUACUAUCAAAGAGACCCCGGAGAAAUUCCGACGUCAGGCCACCCCCGUAGUGGACCACUUCAAUCCUCUGCUGUACCCCGUGGUCACUCACCCUCACAACAAACAGUACGUCAGCCAAUACCACUCCCUGGCCUCCUCCAACAGAUACAGUCCCUACACGGUCUACUCUGCGGGGCUCUACCCUCGGUUCAGAAGCAUCUUGGCUCCCUUCGACCAACCAGGUGCACACCCAGUGUACGCCAUCCCAAUGCAUGAGCAGAGCCCAAGGGUGCUGGUGCCAGGAGAUUACGUCAAACAUGAUGAUCUCAAACCUGCUUCUCCAUCCAGUGUGUACUCCGAUGACAAGUCCAGUCUUUCAGGGUCCGUCGACACAUAAGUCGUACAGAUCUGUCUGUCCUCCGUCAUUCGACUAGUCAUCCACACUGUGUACCCUGCAUGCGACAUGUUGCUACUUGCUACACUCCAUCCUCCACAUGAAAACUCCUGGCAAAUAUUAUCUCAAUGGAUGUAACAAUUUAGUAGUCAUGAAUAGACUUUCAUCUAUUGAUUUUUCAAUAUUAUAAGUGGAUAAGAUAAAAGUUUAAAUAUUUUAACUACGUUGUAAAAUGUACCGGUACUGUAUAUUAGCUAUAGACGAUGGUUUGAUGUUAGAUGUUUUGCGAGAAAUGCACCAAAGUUGCUAAACCUGUAUUGAUAUUGUGAUAUGUAUCUGUGUGUCUUUAAGUGAUUAUUUGAAUUUGCCAAAUAAUUAAAUGAUUAACUACUUUUGCAUUUAAGUCAUAUUCUAUAGUUGUUCCCUAAGCCACGGUAAUCAAUAAAUUUCUUUUUUGAACUGAAAAAAAUGUGGUAAAUGUAAAUCUAUAAUAUACCGUUAUGGAUCAUAUUUUAAAAAGUUUCAGCUUAUUUCUAAUCGGUUCUUAACCUCAAGUUUACUUUAUAGGCUAUAUUUUGUGGUACCGAGUAUUCACGAACAGCAUGUACUUCAUAUGACGUUCGUUAUGUAUAUCUUGGAACCUCUUGGUCAUAUUUUUGUUUUAAAGGUUUACAUUUUGGUGGCGAAACCCACAUGAAUCCCUACAUAAAUUAUUUUUCAUUGAAAUCGUGUAAUACUAAGUCGUCUCUAGAUAUGCUCUAUGAAUACUGAAGCACUUAAUAAACUAUGAAACAUGAGAAGUGUUUUUUUUUAUAUUUUAUCUCCAAGUUCUUGUAUUGUUGUAACUCUGUUUCCUCUAAAACCAUUGGGACUUUUUUGUUGUAUUCGAGGCUUACAAAUACAAUUAUAAGGGUGUCCCGUAACUCUCUAGACACUUGUAUAUAGCGUUAUUGCUUAUGUCAAGACAAACACAUUUCACCAUAGGAACAUGGGUCCGUGGUGUCUAGUUUACUGACUGUCGGUAUUUAUGUGUUUUUUACAAAAAAAAUAAUAACUCCUUAAAAGGACUCCGUAAAAAACACAUAAAUACCGACAGUCGGUAAACUAGACACCACAGACCCAUGUUCCUAUGGUGAAAUGUGUUUGUCUUGACCUAAGGAAUAACGCUAUAUACAAGUGUCCAGAGAGUUACGGGACACCCUUUAUAUCACUUUGAAACUUAAUUAAUAGAAUCGGUAAAAAACGACAGUAUGGUCUUAUGCAAGACUUCAGGACAUGCCUCCCUUAUUGCUUCUUUGGGAUUUUUUUCUUUCUGUUAUAUACUUAAUUGUUAUCUGUAGUCUAUUGUACGAAUCGUAAUUAAUGUUUAACCAAGUUAGACUCAUGUAUAUAAGUGUAUAAAUAAUUAUAGGUGUAGUUUUGUAUUUUUGUUCAGGAAAAGUGUGAAAGUUUUUAUGAUACAGAUUUAAAAGAUUAAUUUUUAUUUACUUUAAAAUAAACCGUUUCAUAAAAGGUUUUUAAACAAAACACAUAAUUUUGCACAACUUAUAGCCAGCAAGAUAAACCAAUUCUCUGGUUAUGUUUUUUAUUCAAGUUUCCACUUCUGAAGUGUUUUUUUUUUAUUGCAGAUAAUGGGGUUUGGUCAUUUUUUACAUGAUAUUAUUUAUCUUUUGUAUCGAAGUUUGUCAUACAUAGUUAUUUUAUAGCUACCUUCAGUAGUAUAUGUUGCUAUUUUAAGAAAAUGUAUUUUUUAUAUAAGAUAAUAAAAUAUAAAAUAAUAAACAUUAAUGUUAAGACGAAGUAUGUGGCUUGCAACUAUCCAUUGUUAUGUUCAAAACUAAGUACUGUAGUUUGAAUAUAAUAUUAUUUUUUUAUCUGUUUAAAACAAUUAAUACAAAAAUGAAUAUCAAAUAUUAAUAUAAAAAUUCAAUGGCUGUCUAAUUGAUAAAUGUGUAAUUAUAUUUUUAUCAUAAUGAAGUAAUAUUCAUGUUUUUCUGGCUAAAUAUAUUCAACAUUAAGUUCCUACGGUUCAAUAAAUUAAGUUAUAGACAAAUAUGGAAGAAUAGUUUAUUUUAGGAUAUUUAAAUGCAUGAAAAAAAUUAUCUGGAUACCUUCUUCAGCACAGUCUAUUAAAGUUGUGAUUGUGCUCAUUUAACAACAAACCCACUAUGUGGUAUCAUUUAAAGUGGUACUUAAUUAUGUUCAAUAAAAAUAUUUAAAAAAAAACA